CUCUCCCCGGCAGUCUCAGCACUGAGGAUCUUUCCCCGGCAGUCUCUCCACUGAGGGUCUCUCCCCGGCAGUCUCUCCACUGAGGGUCUCUCACCAGGGACCUCCACACUGUAGUCUCUCACUGCACAACAGGAGGCCCCUCUGGGGUCUGUCUCAGAAGAUGCUGGCGCUCCUGGGAUUGCUGGUGGCUGUGAGGUCGGAGCCUUCUGUGCCAGAAUGCUUCACGGUAAACGGGAGAGAUUACCGGGGGUCGGUGAACCAUGCUGGGGCUGAGAAGAUCCCUUGUCUGUACUGGAACCAGACGAUCCAGCACCGCUACAACACACAGACCGAUCCAUCCGGGGAGCUGGGACUUGGAAACCACAAUCAUUGCAGGAACCCGGACUCUGACGUCCAGCCCUGGUGCUACGUGUCUGAGGCAGAAGACGGCAUCUACUGGAUGUACUGCGACAUUCCAUCAUGCCACAUGCCAGGCUACGUCGGCUGCUUUCUGGAUCGGGGCUCUCCUCCUGCCCUCAACGGGGCCAGUGGCACCUCCAAAAAACUCACCAUCCACAACUGCAUCCAAUUCUGUCGCCGAAAAGGCCACGAGUUCGCGGGGGUGGAGGCCGGCUACGCAUGCUUCUGCGGCAGUUCUUCUGAGGUGGCUGCUCUGCAGAAGGUCAGCAGUUCUCAGUGUGACCAGAUCUGUUUUGGAAGGACCAAUGAACUUUGUGGUGGUGACGGGAAGCUCAGUGUGUACAAUGUCUGGGUGGGGACGUGCCGUGGGAACUUCUCCUCCACUGCUGGGGUCCUCUACUCACCCGACUUCCCAAGUGAAUACAGCGCAGACAGCUCCUGUGCCUGGGACAUCAUCAUCCCUGGCAGCACCAUCAUACAGGUACACUUCCAGUCCUUUCAUGUCCCAGAUCCUGAUGAUGUCCUAGACCUGAAGGAUGGAAGAAGUGGAAGACUACUUUUUCAAAUUCGAGGAGGGCAAGAACCUCCAAACAAUAUCACCUUUCAGACGGACCAUCUUCAGAUAACAUUCCAGUCCAACCGCGAGGUCAGCGGCCCAGGAUACGUGAUAGUGUACAGGGGUCUGGGACACCUGCGCUCAUCUGUGGUUCCAUAUUCCGGGAUGACAUCUUCCCCCGCCGCAGAGGAAAGCCAUCCAGCAGAGAGUGAGCAGCACAGGAACAUCUGGCUUCUCCUGGCCGCCAGCUCCGCUCUCCUGCUCCUGGGCAUAGGAUACUCAGUGUGGAGGUUCCUGGCCUGCAGUUGCUCCACGCUGUGCAGACACCAGAGGGCGCAGUGCGGAGACCUAACCAGUGUGAACCAGUCAUCUAUGAAGUCCCUGCUGUAAGUACCCGGCUGUGCCCACCAGAACCACCAGCAGCCCUGGGCACCUACCUGUACUGAACUUCUGAGAGGAAAAGGGCCUCCAGCAGCACUGGACACCUACCUGUACUAACCUCCUGAGAGGAAAACGGCCACCAGCAGCCUGGACACCUACAUGUACUAACCUACUGAGAGGACAAGGACCACCCACCUGCAGCCCUGGACACCUACCUGUACUCAGUCUCACCUCCUGAGAGGACAAGGAUCUACCGCAGCUUUGGACCCCUGCAGAACUCCGGAGCAGGGGGUACUUGCACAUUGUACUUGCACAUUGGUUGCUGUUUAAUGCUUGUCAUUGCAGUGGCCAGGUUUGGGGUGGCCCCAACGUUACGCUAGGUGCCCUGGACACCGUUGAGGUGUCACCACGUGUUGCUCCUCUCUGGAAGGGAUGAUAAGGCGUGAAGCACCCCAAUGGGAAAUAAGUCCAGAGAGUCAGGGUCUGCAGUAACCAGGGGGAUUCUUUA